UCAUGCAUCUGUCAUCUGUCUUUGGUCUUGGAGAAAAGCAUCCACCCCUUCCUUCAAGAUAGUUGCUACCGAUGCCUAGGCUGGGGAUCCUAUAACUUAAUUAAGUUCAUCAUUGUCUGAUAAUUCUGAGAUUGAUCUGGUCUUCUUUAGCGAUGGAAGAGCUAGAGGAAAAUGGUCCCAAAAUCUUUACAGGCUGCACUGAUGUGUUUUGUGGAAUCACCGUGGCAACAGACAAACAAAAUUGGAGUACUUUAGAUGAAUUCAAAAUGAUGUUGAGAGAUUCACUCGAUCACUGGAAGAAGACUUCCAUAAGAGGUAUCUGGAUCAAAGUACCGUUGCACCAAGCUGACCUUGUGGGAAUUAUUGCCAAGCUUGGCUUUGUGUUCCAUCAUGCUCAACCCAAUUAUGUGAUGAUGACAAGAUGGCUUCCAGAAGAUGAACCCAACAUGAUACCAGGCUUUGCUACUCAUUACAUAGGUGUUGGUGGCUUCGUAUUGAAUGAGAAGAAUGAGCUGCUAGUCAUUCAGGAGUUGUAUGCAGGAAAAGGGAGAUGGAAACUCCCAGGGGGAGCCGUUGACCCAAAGGAAGAUCUACCAGAUGCUGUUUGUCGUGAGGUUCUGGAAGAGACGGGGAUCUCUGCGAAAUUCAAGUCCAUUGGCUGUUUCCGUCACUUGCAUAAGUUUCGCUUUGGUCGAUCUGAUAUCUACUUUGUAUGCCACUUACAACCACUGACCUCAGAAAUCAACAUGGACCCCAGAGAAAUAGCAGCGUGCAGAUGGAUGCCUAUCGAGGAGUAUUUGGUGCACCCAGAUGUCCACGAAGCCAACAGGUACUUUGCCAGGCAAUGUCUUGCUGUAAUAUCUAAAGACUCUAAGGUGAAUCUCCGGCCUGAGGAAAGCAACAAUAGUCUGGUAUACUCUAUUCUUCCAAAAUCUGUAGCCACGUCACUGGAAACUUCAUCAUCAGGGGUUGCAGAUGGAGAAAACUUGAGUGAUGAUCUGGAGAAAAUGGCGCUAAAGAACAGUUGAUGAUUGCCAAAAGGAUUCAGGUUAUCUGAUCAAGGAAUACUAUUCAGUAUUCAUCCAGUGGUAAAUGUACUUAUUCCUACAGUACAUUUCAUUUUUAUGACCAGUUAGAAAUCCUCAUUUUAUAUGUAUUUUACAAAUAUGACAGGUUGUAUGACAUUUGAGCAAUAAGAAUUUUCUGAUCGCUCACCUGUCGAGGGUAGGGUAAAUGAAGUGCAAUUUGCCAUUUUGGGCUAACAAUAAAUAGCCAUUUUUAAUCCAGUGUAUAAGGACAGCUCAGGUAAAGUGAAACAGCAGCCUUAAAAACACAGACGGCCUUUAUAUAAUGGCUCCCCUCAGUAUGAUGGUUCAAUGUUCUCUAUCUUAACCUGUAGUACACUUCUACUUUUCAAUGUUCAUGGCCAGUCGCACGCAGCCAUUUAAAAAAAAUACUAUCAGAAUCAGAAAUGCUUAAGUUUGUUGAGUAGCAAAUGUAUGGCAAGCUAAAGUGGAAAGAUUGAUGUUUAACAAUGGCAUGUCAAGGGAUUCUUGUAAAUACAAGUAUCCUACAAAUAUUUGUCUUUAGAACUCCUAUGCUCUAUAGCACUAACCUGUAUUUUCAUUCUUGUAAUUUCUGCAUUGUACCUAUAGAGAGCAAUACUAUUUGAUCUGUUGUCAGUUGGUCUCCCAUGACAUCCUUGGUCUUUCCAUUAUGAAGUUUUGUCUUUCCUUCUUAGGUCCCUUAAUGCCUGGCUUAAAUGCUUCUGCACAUGCUCAACACAAUCUUUCUUGGUAAUUCUACUUCAUUGCCAUAUGGCUUUCUGUUAAUCACUACUGCGGGCAGGAGGUUUUACAAGGUUAUAUUAUUCACCUUCUCUCCACACAUCACACAUUAAUGCUCAAAACCAAUAAAAAUCACAAAAAUGCACCAACAUUAUAAUAAUAAUAAUAAUAUUAAUACAUGAGAUUUAUACAG